GCAGCGGACUAGCUUCGGGGAUUGGUUCCUACUUCAGGCCGGAUCUCCUACAGGAGUCGUCAGAGGAUGACGAGGUGGAAGUGCAGGAGGCUCCAGUUACUACAUCCCUGCCUGCCCAAAUCCAAGUUGUGGCAGACAUCCAGGAAGGGCAGAAUCCCUCAACUGUUCAGAGGGUUCACACCCUGGCAUCAGAGAUUGGGACACGCCAGGAUACAUACACAAAUGUUGUGGGAAGCAGACUGGACAACAUUGAGAGGACAAUGGAGAAAAUGUCCAACAGUCUGCAUGAACUGCAGAAGACUCUUUCCGACAGCACGGCCACAAUACUACAGAUCAUAAUUCAAGAUCAUAGGGAGAAUAUGAACGUACUUAACAUUCUGUCCGAUUCCAUGGUCAAGCUUGUGGAAAACACCUCAUGUCUGGCAGAAAGCAAUAAGAACAUGUCGGAGAGUCAUCGACACUCCUCUUCCAGCCAACAGGUCAUCGCAACCACACUGCAGAUGAUCUAUGAAAAGCUCCCAGUACCAGCUCAUCAACACGCUGGUGAUCCACCAUAUCCGCCGUCGCAAGCCACAAGGACGCAUCGUACCCUUCCUCAAGUCCCAUCCCAGUACAGACAGUCACAGAUGUACCAGGGAUAUACAGGGAUGUACCCCACCCCCCAGAUGCCUCCACCACCGGCCGCACAAUCUUCAGCAGCAUGGGCACCGAGGGCCAGUCAACAUACUCCCCAGCCUCCCAGGACAUCCACGCCCUAUCAGGGGGAAGAAGAGGAUCCGGACAGACUUCCACCAUAAACCCGGUCGUAUUAUUUUAUUUUCUUUUAAAUGUUUUUCAUGUAUCCCUGUCUUCCCCUCCCAUUAGUUUGUUGUUUUUCUUACUAUUGUUUUUUCUUUGUUGGCCUUCCCCACCCGUGACCGGGUACUACCAAGGAGCUUUGUGUAGGCAUACAUGCGCGGGCAUGUAUGCGGGCGCGUGUGGUAACGGAUGAAAGCUCCUUGCGGCUACAUGUAUGAUGGGCCAAAGAGCUAUUCUGAUACCCCCUUUUUCUUCCAAAAAUCC